AUGCAGAAAGUAGAGAUCACCUGUUCUUCAAUUGCCCCUACUCAAGUUCUGCUUGGAGAAAUCUUGUCGCAACUGAAUGCACGUCCUCAUCGGAGCGACAUCGGAGUUGUCACUUGUCCCUUCGGAUCUUUGCCUAAAUGGCCUCUUCGUGGGCUUCAGUCACAUGGGGCUAGGUUACUUAUCAUUGGUUCUACGAGAUUCUCUUAA